UACUCAAAUUCGAACGCGAAACUUUAAAAUGAACUGCCAGCAAGCGCUAUUCGUUAUCACUUUCCUUUCGACGUUGUCUGUCCUUAUAUUCGGCUUUCAUUGGCUGCGAGCAAAGCUAAGGGAAGCUGGUUACGACGUCUCACGACUGAUACUCAUUGGAUUGGAACCAAAAAUCAAUACCUCUCAGUUCUCUGACGAUACCAGCAGGACUCGGAUGGCGUUCGGAAUCGACAGUUCGUACACACAAUUGGUCGCUUUGGCACUGGCCUUGGCCAGCACCGCGUUCAUUUUCGUCAAGUUUGGGUCUUCGUCGAAACGGAAGCCAGUACUGAACCCCCAAGUCUGGCAAGAGUUCUCACUCAAAGAAAAGAUCGUGAUAUCGCCCAAUACCGCCAUCUACCGAUUUGCCCUGCCUCACCCGCAGGAUGUCCUCGGCCUGCCCAUUGGCCAGCACAUUUCGGUUUCUGCAGAAAUCAACGGAAAGGACAUCAUGCGUAGCUAUACUCCGACUAGCAGUGAUGACGACCUCGGCCACUUCGACCUUCUCAUCAAGGCUUAUGAAAAGGGCAACAUUUCCCGCUAUGUCUCUCUUCUUAAGAUCGGCGACAAGGUCCGCAUUCGUGGCCCGAAGGGUGCCUUCAAGUAUACCCCCACUCUGUCUCGCGAGAUCGGUAUGAUUGCGGGUGGUACCGGCAUUACGCCCAUGCUACAGAUCAUCCGUGCUGCCUUGAAGAACCCCGAAGACAAGACGAAGCUCAGUCUCAUCUACGCGAAUGUUAACGUUGAGGACAUUCUUCUCAAGAAGGAGCUUGAUGCUCUUGCUGCGUCUCAUCCCAAGCGUUUCAAGGUUUACUAUCUGCUCAACAAUGCUCCGCAAGGUUGGACCGGUGGCGUGGGUUUCGUAUCCAAGGAUCAGAUCGAAACACACCUGCCUUCGUCAAGUCAUGAUAUCAAAGUUCUUAUGUGCGGCCCACCGCCGAUGAUAACUGCCAUGAAAAAACAUCUUGCGGAGCUCAACUACCCUGCUCCUCGGACAAUCAGCAAACUAGAGGAUCAGGUCUUCGCGUUCUAGAUAGAAUUCAGUUUGCCGUAGAUUUGCGUACUCAGUCUCAUAGACUUAGCCUUCCGGUUUGACAUGUUGCAAUAGACACCCUUGACGUUC